AUGUGUGUGCCACAGGAAGACACACACCGGCUGCUCUGCAAACCAAACCUCCAGCCACUGCUUGACACGCGCAGCACAGACACACACACACACACUCACAUGCCCAGAGCGCUGCAAACUAACCCCCCUCUCCCGUCCGAAGUGAACAGGCUUCCGCAAGGCAGCCCCGCUCAGAGAGGGAGACCCCGGGACGCUCCGAGGGACACAGCAGGUGUGGAGACUCUGCCCAUGGCUGACAAGAGCUUCAUUGAGAAACCCGAGCCCUUCCCGCAGAAGGAGGAGGCUUUGGAGUGGGGCUACGAGGAAGGAGUCGAAUGGGGGUUGAUCUUUCCUGAUGCUAAUGGAGAAUACCAGUCUCCUAUUAACUUGAAUUCAAGAGAAGCCAAAUAUGACCCCUCACUACUAGAAGUACGUUUAUCACCAAACUAUGUUGUUUGCCGUGACUGCGAAGUAAUUAAUGAUGGGCAUUCCAUUCAAAUUAUCCUUAAGUCAAAAUCAGUGUUAGUAGGUGGGCCAUUACCUCGGGGACAUGAAUUUGAACUACAUGAUGUUCAGUUUCACUGGGGGAGAGAAAACCAGCGUGGCUCUGAACACACUGUUAAUUUUAAAGCUUUUCCCAUGGAGCUCCAUCUAAUCCACUGGAACUCUACACUGUACAGCAGUAUUGAUGAGGCAGUGGGGAAGAAGCACGGGAUAGCUAUCAUUGCUCUGUUUGUGCAGAUAGGAAAGGAACAUUUAGGCCUAAAGGCCGUAACUGAAAUUCUCCAGGACAUCCAGUACAAGGGGAAGUCCAAAACAAUACCCUGUUUUAAUCCCAACUCUUUAUUACCAGAUCCUCUUUUACGUGAUUAUUGGGUAUAUGAGGGCUCCCUUACCAUCCCUCCUUGCAGUGAAAGUGUUACCUGGAUAUUAUUUCGAUAUCCAUUGACUGUAUCCCAACUGCAGAUAGAAGAGUUUCGAAGACUGAGGACACACGUUAAAGGUGCAGAACUUUUAGAAGGCUGUGAUGGGAUGUUAGGAGAUAACUUUAGACCAACUCAGCCACUUAGCGACAGAGUUAUCAGGGCUGCAUUCCAGUAG